GUUAUCUAGGAUAUUUACCCAAUACCACAUCAGUGAAAGUGCAAGUAGCUCAAUUUUUGUUUAGAUUAGUUGCAUCGCUUUGAUGUACUUUUGAAAGUGUUUGAAAAUUUCAUCCAGAUCCCUUUUGAUGUGACCAGCCCAAAAUCAGAAGCAGGAAUCUGAAAGGAAAAUAGUAUAGGAUUCAUAAAAUUUAUAAUAAUCUUUAGUCCCUGGGGACGAUCCAAGCUUUUGGUGAAUGAUCAGAUUAAUGAAGUUCUGCAGUGGAAACUGGUUUUGAUGUGAUUCAAGUGGACUAAAUACUGAAUUAUGCUGUCUAGUGCUUUAAUAAAUUUCUGGUCCUUGCACUUUACUAAAGCUGAAAAAUCAAAUCAAUGAGGUGAUUUGCUCAUUCUUUUGUAAAACACGCUAAAUGAAUUUCCAUUGGGAGCAUAUAGUUGGCUGUUUACAGUAGCUGUUGUAGUUAAACGGUGAUUGCAAACUUUCCGCAACAGGUGUGGAACUGUCAAACCCUAAUGUGAGUUUCAUGCUGCUGUAUAGUGACAUCUGACCCCCUUCAUCACUAUCCGUGAUAUGGAUAAUUAACCUUCUGAUUGACAAAAAUACAUCAAUGGAUAGUUCUGAUGAUCUGAAGGAGUCAGUCUCUGGCACAUUGCCAGAAGCCGAUGCCGACACACGACCACUAGACUCCAGAAAUUUGGACAGCAAAACCAUGGACAAAGUCUACUACCAGUACCGAGAGAAACUCAUGAACCAGGGAAGAUACAUCGACCCUGAAACGGAACUGGAGGCAGACAGUUUCGGGAUGGGUGUGGUUCGUAAAGAAAUGGACCUUACAAAUGACGAGAAGCAGUACCUCCUGGCAGUAGAACGGGGAGACGUCCCCUCAACUCGUCAGUAUCUCAGUAUGGGGGUCCAGACAGGACUCAAUGUGAACUGUGUAGACCCUCUAGGACGCUCGGCACUACUCAUUGCCAUCGAGAAUGAGAACAUUGAAAUGAUUGAAGUUUUGUUGAAUUACAAUGUGGAGGUUGGAGACGCCCUUCUUCAUGCUAUCAAUGAAGAGAAUGUGGAGGCUGUGGAGUUGAUACUAAACCAUGAGGUAGCCACCAAAGGAGAGGAGUCUAUUGAUUCACGUCAUAAAAGGUCUCUACACCAGAGUGUUCCAUCCAGUUCAUUUACCCCCGACAUCACCCCCAUAAUCCUGGCAGCUCAUCGUGACAACUACGAAAUCAUCAAGUUACUCCUAGAUCGGGGCUACCAGAUACCCAAACCCCAUAACAUCAAGUGUUACUGUAAAUCGUGCAUGGACGGAAGUACCGACGACAGUUUACGUCACAGUCGGUCACGCAUCAAUGCUUACAAAGCACUAGCCAGUCCCUCCUUAAUCGCUUUGUCUAGUAAAGACCCUAUACUGACCUCAUUUGAGUUGAGUUGGGAACUUAGAAGACUUAGCAAAUUAGAAAAUGAGUUUAAGUUGGAUUAUGAAAAAUUAGCCAAAAAGUGCCAAGAAUUCGCUGUGGAUUUACUGGAACAGAUCCGUGGAUCUAAGGAGUUGGAAGUGAUCCUGAACCAUGAUACGACUAAUCCGGCGUAUAAUGAGGGGGGACAGGAAACAGAACCUCAUGCUAGCGACAAGCUGAAGCUCAGUCGGUUAAAACUGGCCAUCAAGUUUAAACAGAAAAAGUUUGUGGCCCAUCCUAACUGCCAACAGCUAUUAGCCUCCCUGUGGUAUGAGGGUUUGCCGGGUUUCCGUCGACAUAAUAUCGUAUCCAGACUGACCAUUACGUUUUUUAUAGGACUUACUUUUCCACUGCUGUCAUUAUUUUACCUUUUAGCACCAAAGAGUCGAUUUGGCAAACUUAUACGAAAGCCUUUUAUAAAGUUUAUUUGUCACAGUGCUUCUUAUAUUACAUUCCUACUUUUACUGAUUUUGGUGUCACAGCGGGUAGAGAUUCCCAUUCCUGGCUUAUCAACCAAAGUGGGAUCGGACAUAGAGAAGAUCAAGUUAGAGAGGAGAGGGGCCCCAGCCACGAUGGUGGAGUGGAUGAUCUUAGCCUAUGUAGCUGGUCUAAUAUGGACGGAGAUCAAACAGCUGUGGGAUGAAGGAGCACAUGAUUAUGUCCAUGAUAUGUGGAACAUUCUGGACUUUGUUACUAAUUCUUUGUACAUAGCAACAUUCACACUUAGGUUAAUAGCUUAUUUACAGGUACAGAAAGAAAUAGAAGAAAAUAAGCCAAGUGCACAACUAGAAAGAAAAGACUGGAAUGCUUACGACCCAAAUCUUAUAGCAGAGUCUCUGUUUGCAGCAGCCAAUAUUUUUAGUUCUUUGAAAUUGAUUUACAUUUUUACAGUGAAUCCCCACUUGGGGCCCCUACAGAUAUCUCUGGGUCGUAUGAUUUUGGACAUUAUGAAGUUUGCAGUGUUAUACGGGUUGGUGCUGUUUUCUUUCGCCUGUGGUUUGAAUCAUUUGUACUGGUACUAUGCAACACUUCGAGAGAGGGAGUGCAGGGAACAGAAUAUAGAAGAAUCCUGUGAUCGCAGAUAUAAAAGAUUUGCAAACUUAUUUCAAAUUCUGCAGACCCUGUAUUGGUCUAUCUAUGGCCUGAUAGAUCUGAACAAUGCAGAGCUACAGGAGAAGCACAUAUUCACCGAGUUCAUCGGGAAGCUGAUGUUUGGUUCCUACAGCUGGAUAGCCUUAGUGGUUCUCCUGAACCUGCUCAUAGCCAUGAUGAGUAACUCCUACCAUAAUACAUCAAGCCAGGCAGAUGAGGAGUGGAAGUUUGCUCGGUCCAAGCUGUGGAUGAGUUAUUUUGAGGACAGUGGAACGCUCCCACCUCCAUUUAACAUCAUCCCCAGCCCCAAGUCCUUCAUCUAUCUGAUUCUGUGGUUUAAAAAUAAUCUGUGUUCAUGUUCUCUCAACCAGACAAGUAAUAGAUGGCAAAGUAUACGUAAAAUUGUAAAGAAAAUUAAUGAAAAAGAAAUUAGGUAUCAGCGUGUAAUGAAAGACUUGAUAAAAAGAUACAUCAUGCAAAAGCAAAGAGGUCCAUUAAGGGGGGAGGGAGUGACAGAGGACGAUGUGCAAGAAAUCAAACAAGACAUAUCCUCUUUUAGAUAUGAACUGCUUGAAAUAUUACGCAAUAACGGAAUGCGAACUCCGAACCCCAACCAGCCAAAACCAACCAAUCGAAGAUCUUGCAGACGGCGCAACCAAGUCAACUUAGAGAGGUUAAAGAGGUCAAUCACCAUGGGAACAAUCAAUGAGACACACAACAAAAACCCUCCCCCAGAUUACACCUCCCUGGAUAAAUCUUCACAGGUCAAGGCCUCAGAAAGGUCAGAAAAGGACAAUACAUCUGUGUCUUUUCUAGAAAAACCAAAUCAUCUUCGUCGCCGCAGUCCAAGGAGGGGUCUUGGUGCCCUUCGUGCAGAUGAAGGACUUGGAGAGUCCUUAGACCUGAACAUUGAAAAUGAGAACAGCCCAAAGUUAGAGCAUCGCUCUACUGUGGGGGAUCCAGGAGGGGUGAAGGAGGGACUGGCAGCUUGUUUGAACCCCAGCCUGGCCUGUAUUAAUCCAGAGCCCAUUGGCACUUGUAGUGAGGAUCCCAAGUCCCCCGCUAGGCGUGUAACAUUCUUAUGAUUGUACUUAAAUAAUCCCAAAUCCCUGGCAAGCCAUGAAGCAUACUUAUGACUAUAUAGUGAUGCUCCCUAAUCCCAUGUAAGGCCUGUAACAUACAUGUACUUAUGACUAUAUAGAGAUGAUCCCAAAUCUCCCACAAGAAUGGCUGUAUAGUGACGCUCCCUAAUAUUCCCCACACAAGGGAGGCAACAUUCUUAUGGCUGUACAGAGUUGUUCCUUAACUGUGGAUCAUUUUCAUUUCUAAUGGUCAAGUUGUAAUUUUAUGGUUUUGGGUGUCCAUAACAAAUGGACCGCCCACAAAAUGUAAUGAUUCCACAGUAAAUGUGUUUAGUGUGAUAUAUUGUUUUUUAUGUGAUUUGAAGGUAUGUAGUGAGUUUUAACUGACAUAUUAAUGAUGCUGUGUUAAGGUUCAAUAAAAUGAAUACUGUAUACAGGGUUAUUUUCACUCAUGUUAUUUUUGCCCUUUCACACUUGUAAAUAUUUUUGCCCCAUUUUAAAUUCACCCAGUCAUAGUUUUGUUUAAGAAAAUAUACUGUUUUCUUUGAAUUUGCCUUAUUUUAAAUUCACCCAAAUGAGGGUAGGGCGAAAGGGGCAAAAAUAAAACGGGGGCGAAAAAUUUCCCAGUAUACAGAAUCUUUUCAAUGCUGCAUUUGUGAUACCGAGUUACUGAACAUUUUUGAUAACAUCGUUCUAUUGAUGUUCACUUAUUUUUUCUGAAUACACUGAAUUUGUUUUUUACUUUUAAGGAAAUCAUUUGUUUAUCAGGUAGCAAUGAUGUCCUCUUUUCAUAUUGUUUUUUACACCAUAAUGCUAACACAUAAUGGUACUUGUAUUCUUAUUAUUUGGGGGGGGGGAAUUCCUAUUUGAUUGUACUUCAGUAGUUAUUGAAUAAUGAAUUUGAAGCAGAUAUAAAAUAGUGAUGAGAAAUGCCUUUCAGUGGUUUAUUUUAUUUUUACAGAUCUGUUCCAUACAUAUAGUUCCAUAGGUUGUAUACCUGAGUAGCUUUUAAGAUGGCAAGGUGUCUGUUACACUGUAUCUGUAUUUCGAUAUAAUGGGUUAACUUGUUAUAUCAAAUAAAUUUUAUCCUUACCUGGUCAGCCUCUCUGGCUUUCUGGCUUAGGGUUACUAAAUAAUGACAAAAUACAUCAAUAUUUUGAAUACCAUGAAUUGGUAAUCUGAACUUCUUUUUUUUUUCAUUUAAACUUCAGAGGUUAUCCCCCCUUCCACACAUACACACACACACACACACCCUCCCUCACCAACACCACCCCAAAGUUCAUAUUAUUUUAAAGUUCUUCAACUUUUUCUUUCACCUUGAGUAAAGCUUUGUGAAAGUUUUAAAAAAUCAGGGAUUCUAAAUGAAAUACUCACUUUUAAUUUGUUUAUAUAAAUUAAGUUGAUAAAUAGAUGAAACCAGUAGAGCUACAGUUUCCUCGGAGAGUUUUGUUUACAAUUAGACCAUUGGACUAACAUGCAUUGAGAGAUUACUCUCUUUUGCAUGAAGGAAAAAACUGUCAUAAUUGUGGUUAUAAAUGAAUUUAUGAUAUAUAUUUCAGUUUUAUUUUCCAUCCCACCUAAAUAAUUUAAUUUGAUGUUUUCUUCUCACUGGCAUUAGACAUUGAUUUUUUGAAUAUAAUGAAUGUAAUGUUUGUUAGUGUUUGAUUUCUGUGAUCUCCAAAAAAAAACCCAAGUACUUGAAUUAUUUAUAACUGCACCUAGUAAAAUUAUAUCAUAUGUAUUUGUCAUACAUAUUCUUUUAUUUUCAUCAUUUGAAAUGUUCAUAAUACAUAUAUUUAUUACAUUUGUUAUACUUUCUCAUAUUGCAUACAUUUUACAAAGAAUUUCCAUAUGUUCAAAGAAUUUCCAUAUAAUCUUAUAGCAAAUUGUCCUGGAUUAUUUUUAUUCAUUUAUUUAUUUUUUUUUUUUUUUAGUUUUCUAAGAAAUUCUUUACCAUAUUUAUAUUUUAAGUUAUUAGCAUUGCCUCAGGUUGAGACUCAAUAUUUCAGACAAUAGAUUAGGAUUUAAGGAAGAUCUGAAGACAUACUUCUCAUUGAAGAGUUCUUUUAUGUAGUUAGAGUAAUUUGACAUAGA